AGAGAGAGUGAGAGGCUGGUCCGCUAACUUCAUGCUCUGUCCUCCGCCUUCUUGACUCGCGGACACACGGUGGCCUGACUCGGGUCGGAGUGACACGCAGUGUCGCAGGAGGUGCGGCUGGAUGUCAGAGGACCGCACGGAAACACCGCGAUAAUCCCUAAAUGUGAUGAGAACAUAGGACCUUUUUUUCUCUCUUUUGGAUAAAGUGACGCACACAAGAAGAAAUCAAUCUCCAAUCUACUUUUUGUUUGUUUGUUUUGUUUUGUUUUGGGGGAAUUUGGAAUUAAUAUCUUAUUUCAAAUCCAAAAGGUGCUUAAGUCAAACAUGUUGCCACAUUACUCCCUUCUGCUGUUCCUGUGCCUGGCCCGGCUGCUCUCCCCCUCCGCCGCCUUGCCCUUCGAGCAGAGAGGCUUCUGGGAUUUUGCCAUGGACAGUAUGGACACCGGGGGGAUGAUGACGAUGAUGAGGGACGAGGAAGAGGGCUCGGCCGUGGAUCCGACCUUCCCCCCCGGCGUGCCCACGUGCCCCUUCGGCUGCCACUGCCGGCUCAGGGUGGUCCAGUGCUCUGACCUGGGUUUGACCGAAGUGCCAAAGGAUAUUCCUCCAGACACCAAGUUCCUGGACCUCCAGAACAACCGUAUCACCGAGCUCAGAGAGAAUGACUUCAAAGGCCUUACGAAUUUAUACGGUUUGUCUCUGAGGAAUAACCUCAUUUCCAAAGUCCACCCCAGAACAUUCGUCCCUUUGAAGCACAUGCAGAAGCUCUACUUUUCAAAGAAUCUGCUCACCACUGUCCCCAAAAACUUGCCUGCGUCUCUGGUUGAGAUAAGGAUCCACGAGAACCGCAUCAAGAAGGUGGCGGCUGGAGCCUUUGCAGGACUGAGCAACAUGAACUGCAUAGAAAUGGGAGCAAACCCUAUCCAGAACAGUGGCUUUGAGCCUGGAGCAUUCAAGGGACUGAAACUGAAUUAUCUGCGUAUUUCAGAGGCCAGACUAACCGGGGUGCCAAAAGAUCUCCCAGAGAGUCUCCACGAGCUCCAUCUGGACCACAAUCAGAUCCAAGCAGUGGAACUGGAGGACUUGCGUCGCUACAAAAACCUCUACAGGUUGGGCCUUGGCUUUAACCAUAUCCGUAACAUAGAGAAUGGCAGUCUGUCCUACCUGCCCAGGCUAAGGGAGCUGCACCUGGACAACAACCGCCUGACUCAUGUUCCCAGAGGCCUUCCAGAAAUGAAAUACCUCCAGGUGGUGUACCUCCAUUCCAACAGCAUCGGCCAUGUGGGCGUGGAUGACUUCUGCCCUCGAGGAUUUGGGGUGAAGAGGACUUUCUAUAAUGGCAUCAGCCUGUUUGAUAACCCUGUCAACUACUGGGAGGUGCAGCCGGCAACGUUCCGCUGCGUCAGCGACCGGCACGCCAUUCAGUUCGGCAACUACAAAAAGUAAAAAACAGGGCAACACCGAGAGAUGGAGAGAGUGAAGGAGUAAACAGGGAGGAGCAGAUAAUUUAAAUAAUGGAAAAAAAACUUGAGAGAUGGAGUGAAGGGAGUCUAUGUCUGAGGUUAUUAAUUUUAUUAUUAUCAUUGUUUCUGUAGAGAGGACAGAGAAGAUGGGCAAUAAAACUGAUGAAAUAGAAAGAGAAGUGAAAAACACAAUCCCAUAACUUGAAGGGAGUGGAAAGCAAAAUGCGCUUGCAGUACUGCAUCUGAGUUUUUGCAUUUUUUAAUAUUUUUUUUUAUAAGAUAUUGAAAGCAUUGCCAUUUGAAACAGAGAAAAAAGAAGAGAAUGUCUGAGAAGAAUGUUUUCCUUUUUUUCAAGCCGACAUCGAUGAAAAAUUAGUUCUGAAAACUUGUGAAGCGUUUCAUUCCAUUUUUUUUUCACAACACUUCUUAUUGUGAUAGAGGUCAUUGUUCUUCUAGUAACAUUUUGAUUAAGAUUAUGACUAAACAAUAGAAAAACAAUGCAUUAUAGUUUUUUUUUAUAUAUAUAUAAAAGGUGCUUUAUAUGACUUUCUGUGUGUGUUGAUUUGGUCACUAUAUCACAUUCUUCCUGUUCUGCUGGUUAAAUCUGACACAGAGAUGGGGCUUUUUUACAUUUACAGACAAAAACUGCACAAAAAAAAAAAAAAAAUAUUAAUGAUAAAGGGCAAGAGGCACCCUUUAAAUAAAUCAGAGCAGAAUCACAUUCUCUUUCGGAUCUUGAAGUGAAUCGCCAGCUUGCCUGUGUGAGGAGCUAUUGUGCCUUUUCUAAAGAUGGUGCUUUCUGAGAGAUACAUGAAUAGAGUAUUCCUUGAGGGGGGGUGGCACUGCGGUUGUGGGGGUGUGCCCCAGAUAGAGAAAAAAAAUAAAUAAAAAACACACACACAUGAGCUUUGCUUUUGAAAAAAUGAAGGGCAGUGUGUUCACAUAGUGCUACAGCCAAGAGUAGAGUCGACGCAUUGUUUUGCACAGUUGUUUUCUGUAAUGCUUUUUUUUUUCCUGCUUGAGGGUUCCUUGGGGGAGGCGGUUUAGCCUGUUUACAUCAGUAAACCUACGUGGAACUACUUCGGCCAUAAGUAUCAUGACCUGUCUCUGUUCUGUAAUCUGACAACCUACUGCUGCAUGUGAAUAAAGACUUUUUUUAGCCUGCUG